AUGUCGAGCUCGUCGGAAGCCACCGAGAUGAUGAUGAGAAUGGCGGAGAAGCCACCCAGUUUCAGUCAGACUUGUAGCAUGCUCUACCAGUUCCUCAAGGAGAAAGGUGCCAACUUGGGAGAUCUGAACCUUGACAUGCAGCUCCCUAAUAAUAAUGGGAGUGGUGAGAUGUUUCACCAGAAGACCCAGCAGAUGAAUUUUUUUCCGGUCAUGGAGAAACCGAGGAACGUGCCGGCUCCGAGUCCGAGGGACUUCAAAUCCAUGGAUUUGUUCCCUCAGCAAGCUGGAUUUGGACCUCCUCUGCCCAAGAUGACUGAUUCUAGUGUGAAGAAGACGGUCCCAGGGGAGCCCCAAAAGGCCCAGAUGACCAUCUUCUAUGGUGGGCAAGUGAUAGUGUUCGAUGAUUUUCCGGCUGAGAAGGCAAAGGAGGUGAUGCUCUUAGCAAGCAAGGAGAGCUCCAAGAGCCACCACGCUGCUCAUGUUUCUGCUCCGGUCAAGGCCAACACCAACUCUGCUUUUGCCUCUCAUUUGGGGAAGGUUCCGAUCAAUUCCGGCACCGGCACCGCCCCGGUUGCUCCGAGCUCAAACCCUUUCCCCAAGUUCGGCAAUCAAGUGAUUCAGCAACAGGAGACCAUCAAGCCAACCCCGACUCGUCCCAUCAUUUCUGAUAUACCAAUGCAAAGGAAGGCUUCACUUCAACGCUUCCUGGCGAAGAGGAAGGAUAGGAUUAACAGCACGGCUCCAUACCAAAUGAGCAGCCCCAGUCCUUCAGGCCCUGCAAAGCCGGAAGCUGAAAGCAAGUCAUGGUUAGGCUUGGCAGCUCAGCCAACUCAGUAAUCUGAGCUCCCGAUUAUAUGAUGCAUACUUAGGCUUCCUAUAGUUUCGAUUCCUGCUAUUAUCUUUUCAAUUUUGGUGGCUUUAAAAAGCCCGAAAUUUGGUUAUUAGUCCUGUUGUUCUUAAUUUCCUUUAUCAAGGCUUGCCUCAACUGCUCGAGCUAGCCAGAGAUCAUCUAACUGUUGAUUAAAUUUCAGUUUCUGUAAUUAAACUCCAUAUGAAAUGAAGGGAUUCGAUCAAUGAUAAAAAUUUAUUAUUCA